CAAAGGAGGAAGAUAACAAACCUGAGUUAAAUUCAAAUGUAAACAAUGAGCAAAAAAUAUUCCUCAUAAAUGUUUAUAAGGUGAAAUACCCAAAUUAAGUGCUUAUAGUACAUUAGUUUAUUUACUUUUGGCAUGUUUAUUGUGAGAGUGUGUAGUUUAUAUUUCGCAUGGCCGCCAUGUUUCGUCGGUGAAAAUUGAAGAAUUUGGCAGAUAUAAAUAACAAAAACUACGAAAGAAACAUGAACUCCAGUUGGCCUUGUUCUGUGCGUAUUGUGUAUUGUUGAAGUGCCCCGAAAGAAAUGUCACCUUCAAAGCAUCAACAGAUUAGCUAUUGCAAUUUGGAGAUAGUUUAAUUGCUUGCAUUAUCAUUCAAGAUGAACGAUACUAUCGGGAAGCCUCUUAAAAAACAUGAUGUUAUUUUAAAUAGCAAAACUGAAUCAUUUGAAAGAAAAAUCCAAUCCAUAAUACAAGUGUGGUAUUGCACAGGUGAACUAAACCUGGUUCAAACUGACAGACGAUAUGUUGGUCAAAUUAUGGAUUGGGCAAAACUACAUACCCUUGAUAUAGUGCUUACAGCUGAAUGGAAAGAUUAUAAAGCUACAUAUGAAGCAAGUCUAUUAAAGGAAAUAGAAAAGGUGGAACUUAAAUUUCGGGAAAUUAGCACUCUCUUUUCGGCCCGUUUUCAAAAACUUGCUGAUGUAGUUAGGAAUCCGUGGGAAGAUCCAACAUUAGUGAAGCUUUUGUCAAAAAAGGAUACUGAAAUUGGGCAGGAUGAAAUCGAAUUUUUCUGCGUCGAGACUGCAUAUUUAGUUUCAUACAGGUUAAAAAAAUUGUGCGAGUCUCAGUGCGAAGAUUUAGCCUUAAAUUUAGUAACUGCCUUCAUGAAGUUUCGUGAACUGUCGAAAUCCGGAAAUUUCAAUCUCAACGGAAAUGAAAUUCAAAUUUGGUUCAUUUUCGACAUUUAUAUAGCACUGCUGUAUAAGUUCCAGGAUAAUCAAAAAAUUGUUUCAUUGCUAAAGGAGUUGUCCUUGGAAGAUGGUUUACAAUUGAUUCGACGGUUCGCAAAGAAGCAAGUGAGAAUUUCAAAAGUUUGGAAAAAUUGUCACAAAAUUGCCAUAUUAGCAUGCCAGGUGUUUAUCUCAACUGCUGCUGUGAAAUUUUCCGAUGAUCAACGAGAUAUAGUCGAGGGUUUGUUGGACAGCUACAUAACAAUAUGCAACACCGACAACCUAAUAGAAAGUUUCACAACAUCAUUAAAACGUAUGAGCCAACUAGCAGAUGCUUCUGGGUUAUACGUUUUCUGUGACGUGGUUCAUAGAAAGGCUGGCAUAAAAUUAAAACCAUUUACCAUCGAAAUGUAUAUCCGCGCUCUGACGGCAGACAUGAACAACCUGGAGAGGCAGAAGAACGACAACGAGACGGAUAAAGUGACGGAGACCACAAAACGUUUGGCACACGCAUUUUGUAAAUUAGCAGACUUAUUAGAUGAACAUGUGAAAGUGAGUCGCGAGUGUGUAUUAACCGCUUUCAGUUUAGAACCUACGCACGAACGUUUAGAAAGAAUCAUCGAAUUGGCUAAAAGAAGUGGUUUUGAAGUGCUGGACACUGGUCAAGGGUGGAAGUGUAAACUGCAUCCACCACAUUUAGAUAAAGACGAAUUGGCGUGGAUAUGUACGGCUUGCGGUGAUUGGAUGAGCAAGCCACAAUUAAAUAUUCCAUUGAACACAAACAUUGCUUUGAAUGAAGCUUUGCAAGCUGACGACUUAGGUAUUUCCCCACAACUUUGCGACGAUCUGGCCGUGUGUCUUUCAAAUCCUAGGUACCAAAUUUUAAGUUGGCUCCUCCCUUGGGAAGAUUUACACCAAAUAUGUGUUAUGUAUACAAACGAUCCGGAGAGGACAAAAAACAUUGUUACAGAGCUCAAAUUCAUUGAUAUAGACUAUUCAAUAUUUAAAGAUAUUAAAAGGGAGCCUGUUGACGAGUUGGCGGGAAUCGAAAAAGGUUAUGAACAGUAUUUGGAUCACGAUUUUACUACUGACGAUCACAUGAGUGUUUUAAGUGAGGAUUCAGUCUCGCAGGACUCCAGACCUUACAGCUUGGGUAGCGACGGUUCGGGAGAUACUCUGCAUUUACCGUCAUUAACCACUCCCAAGUCUGAUCCAAAUACGCUUAAGAGUCUCAGAAUGUUUCGUCCAAGUUUGAAACGAUCCAAGCCCAUUGAACCAGGUCAAAGUGUACCGGAGAAGUUGUAUAAAAUUGGAAUAACAAAUGUACCUCCCAAACAGAAUACGACGUCGCGGGUACCGGCAUCCAUGCACAUUCCGGAGCCGACAUUACAGCACGCCAGCCCAUCACCUUCCCAAGCGAAUUAUACUCCAUUUAGUCAAAGCCAACCAGAUUUGUGUCAACAUUAUAAUAUUGCUGAUCCAAAAAACGGCUUAGUUGCCAUCUUGCCUCCUCACCAUGGAUGGCAAGUGGCAACAAAUCAAACACAGCAAAUCACCUGCCAAGUCAACCCUCAAACGUCAUGUACCAACACCAACGUCAACAAUCAGGACAAGCCACUUAUCCUCAACAGUACCCUUACUUUCAACCAUCAACAAGCUCCGGCCGACAUUACCCUAGUACCUCAACAAACGAAGGUAAAGAAGCCGUCAAAAAAAAUCAAAUCACCAAAGAGGUGCUACUCCAGUGGUACGCCAGAAAGCAGCAGGAGCGUGCGCAGAAGCUCCUCGCCCAGUCGCAACAACCGUCGACCUCUUAUUAUGGUGAAAAAACCACUAAAAAUCAAGUCGGUCAAGGUCACCCACAUCCACAGUCCUACAGAGACCACCAACAACAGCCGGUUCAAUACAGACAGUCAACCUCGGCCGGAUUCUAUGGAGGCCACAACACAAGCGUCCAACUGUACGAGCAACAGCAGUACAAUCAGUACAUCAACACCGGCAUCCGACCAGACGAACCACAAUGUUCCUAUGAUAAACAAAUCGGCUCUGGAUAUAAAGAAUCACAUUAACCAGCCGUUACAAUUAUUGUGCAAUAAAGACGGGGUAACAAUGCAAGAGUUAAUCGAAAAAACUCUGGGUAUACCCGAAAAAAUGGGUAAAUGUCACACUAUUGACUCUAAAAUAAACUACCAAAAAUAUCCGGUGAGCGGUGACAAAUUUAUUAACGAGUUAAAACCAAAGAAUAAAAAUUUGACUGAAAAUAUUAGAACUUAUGCUAGGAAAAGAACCUUUAGUAAGGAUAAUGGAGAAAUGAUAGACUGUGUUACAAAACCAAAAGAGGGUGAUCAAAAUUUAGGUGAGGUGUGUAAAGAUGUAAAUAGUAUUAAAGCUACUUGCGAUGACAAGGAUGCCCUAGUUACACAUUCCAUAAAUGUACAAAAUUUUAAGUGUAAAUUAAAGGAACUUACAGUUGUAUUAAAUAGAAUUCCCGGCGAUAAUAAAGGAACGAACAGUACAAAAACUGACACUAACUUAUUUACUAAUAAACGUCAAAAACACUGCAAUAGUAUAGACAGCAAAGGAAAGGGUGAUAGAGGAUCAGGUACACAAAAAUAUAACAGAAGAAGGAAAAGCAAUGAUAAAUCAGAAAACGACGUUACUGAAAAAGCACCAAAACGAGUACAAAGUUAUAAAUUAUCACCUUUGCAAGACAUUAACCCGAGGGUACCCUCCGAAAACAACAACAAGAAUUCCAAAGGUGAAAAGGAGUGUGAUCUAAAAAAGUUGAAUCAGGGCAAAGACCUGCAAGUACGGUUGGAAAGGUUGCCGGACUCGAAGCUAAAACCCAAAUCGGUCUUCGACAAAAUACCAGGUCUGAACGACUUUCAACUGAUGCGACCGGCCCACGUGAAUCCAAUCGUGAACGUCGUCCAAAUAUCCGGCGGUCGUCCGACGUCGAAUGUGACCGCCCAAAACACCCAGACCAGCACUCAGGUUACUCCGCACAUCCAAAGGAUCGGGCAGCCGAGGACGGAAAAGCCGGAACAAACCAACACCGAUCCUUCCACUACUACCUCCACAAAUGCUUCCACUAUACCGACACAAGGGAAACCCACAACGUCGCAACCCUCCACCCUCAUCAACAUCCUGUCCCAACAAAUCAUACGGCCCGGACCAGUACCUGCCUCCAACUGCGUGAGAACCAGAUCUUCGCCGCUCAUCAACAUACUCUCCCAGCAGAUCAUUAGACCGAACAAUCCUCAGACUGUACAAAAGGUACCGCCGACGAAUUCGACGAACGCUACUUCAGAGUCACAGAUAAACAACGUUAGCAAAGUAACAACAACCACCACAGAAACGUUGGCUGUGAAUACAAUAAAAAAUGUUGCCGCUGUAAAAAACGUGGUGACGACACCAACAUCCGGACAAGGUGGAACAAUCCUUCAGUUCAUAUGCAAAUCAUCAUCACUGCCAAAGUUUCAACAAGCAUUUGGGAAAUCAUCAGUAUACGCGAACAACAGUAACGAAGCAUCAGACAGCACGUCAGCGACCACCGUGGAAGUAUCUACUCCAGAAACAAACAAAAAACAACCCACCACCAUGAAAAACAUUCCAGUAAACGUACAACCAAUACAGGGCAGCGUCAUUUACACCCGACAAAUGCCCGUCGGUCAAGCAAUAAAUCUGAUACCUCCCGGAAGAGGUCAGGUGUUUCGGAUAGCGACGUCAAGCAAUGAACAGAUCUCCCUUGUUAAAGACACGGUGAUUCACAGCAAAAUGAGCGCGUUAUUGGCCGCCGCCCUACAAGGAAAGAAAAGCCAAGACUCUCAGGCCGAUGGAGAAGUGACCAACACAGUCGUUGAAGACGUAAGUCGGGCCAGUACCACAACCACACCACGACCUGCGUUAGUUCAAAACACGAGAGUUGCCAAGCCCGCAGUACAAGUACCUUCGAAUGUAAUACGCACAAGUCCACAGUCACAAUCGUCGAGCCUCAGCUCCACAACUCUGGAACAGUUGAGGGAGUUCGAUAUGGUGUACAAGCAAAUAAAAGAACGUAGCAGCUCCAAUACUUCGGCGGAGGUAAGUGCGACGACUGAAGGCAGUGAACCAGUCUCACCGGCUGCUCAGCCUCAGCGCAUAAGUGUUACGUACGUGAAUCAGGGUCAAAAAUACACUCAGUUGUCGCCGGUGGUUGUAGUGAGCAGUGCCGCCUAUUGUAACCUACAACCGGCAGCCUCGCCGGCUCUAAGUGUCACAUCGCAAGGCAGUUCCAGUCCCUGCGUUACUCCGGCUCCGGCUUCCACACCGACUGUAGCCAAAGUGGCUUCGAAGAGUUCCAAAGGGAAGACUUUAAAAAAUAGCAGCACUACACACACCGCGUCAAAAUCUUCCCCAAUUCCCAAGCCUCAACAAAAACCUCAAGAAGAUGAACACACCACUCAGAGGAUAUUUGAUAUAUUGGCGGAAUAUGCUGAACAACUACGAAACUCACCGGAUCUCAAUAAUAAACCGGCUCCAAGACGCAGAUCAAAUCCCCCGACUAAUCCAAGUCAGAAUUCCAAAAGGAAGAAGAGUUCUAGCUCUAAAUCUUCUAAGUCCGGCCAGUGCAGCACCAUGGCGUCUGAGGCUGACACGGACGAUCAAAGAACAAUGGAGAGUGAAGACAGCUCUUGCGGCGUUGUACAGCUUUCUGUACCCGAGGAAGAACCUCAAGUUCAAACUGUUACAACCACCGAGUCGAACGACAGUAUGACCUCAACUAACUCUAGGCAAUUAAUUUUGACGUCCUCAGAUUCGUGCGGCAAUAACCAACCAAGGAAUUUAAUUAUAGCUGACUCAAGCGUGGGAGAAGCGCUAAAGAUGCCAAAUACCGCAGUAUUAGUUCCUGGCAACUACAUAAUGCCUGUUUCUAUGGUCAAAGGUGGUCAACAGAUCGCCGUCGUUUCAGGCGGUAGUAAAAUCUUAGCCACAGUACCGGCCAGAUCUGGCGCACCCAACAUGCUUUUGUUCCAAAGUUUUUUAAAUCAAUCUAGAAAAACCGGCGUACCAACAGUGAAAUAUUCAACGAUUCAACCGCUUUCCGGAAUUUCCUCACAGAGUUUGGCUGGCGUCAGUGCUCAACCUCCAGUCAUCCUACCUUCAAACUCCCAUAACUUAGCUGCUGUAACACUUGGACAGCCUCUAACGCUUAAGAAGGUGGAAGAAGGCGACAAACAAAACACCGAACUACUGUUAACCAUAUCACAACCGAAAGAUAAUAUUAAAACUGAACCGGUUCAACCUCAGCCAGAUAGUACUAAUAUUCUCUCAGCGGAUGAGAUCAAACAAGAAGAUGCCAUUUCGUCUGACAAUAAUUGCUCAGAAAAGCAACUUUUCACGUAUACAUCAAAGUCUAUUAUUACGUCACCCAUUGCAACUCCCGUUAUUGCGCAGGCUAUCAAGGAGGAAAUUACUUCGGAUAAGUCUCCAUCCUCGCAAGAUAUUGUCGCCGUAGAUAUGUCAUCCAAUGAAAUUAAAGAUGAAAUAAAAGUAGAAAGAGUUCAAUCAGUAUUAGUGACAGCUUGUACAUCAAAUGGUCCAAUGUUGUCGCAUACACCUCCGAGGUACAGGAAGCCAUCGGAAAUUUGUAGCAGUAACAGUGAAGUUAACAGCAAAGAAUUUUUACAUAACGGAGAUAAGCAAAUCAGCAACAGCACAGAUCAAAAGCAUUUUGCCACUCACCAAGUUUACUAUCAAAAUAAGAACAAAAAGAAUAAUAGCCAGCGUCUAGACAGAGAAAUCCAUCAACUCUCGAUUCAAAGAAAACAGGCCGCAUUAGAGAGGGAGCUGCGCUUGCAAAAGUCCCUGUCAGAAGAAUGUGAAGACCUGGGCGUGGACGAGCCCAGCACCAGCGACCUUUUCCCAGAGGCAGACUUGUUGUUCGAUUCCAACCAUUCGCCGUCGUUCGAUCAAAGCUCGCAGGAUUUGAUGAAAAGACCGCAACAAAUGGAGAUCGAUAGGAAAGACGGAAAGUCAACGAUAACCUUGUUCAGUGACGACGACAAUUCAAGUUCGUUAAGAACAAAUUUAUUCGAAUACGUAGACGAAUAUCCCACUGCUGACAACGAAUUGGUUUUUGAUUCCAGUCAGCAGUUGACCAAUGGCCAAAGUAGUACUAGUAACGAGUCAGCGUCUUCCUGUGAAGAUAACACACUUUUACAAAACUGCGCGUCGAUGUCGGACGUCACGCUUAACUCGCCUUUAUCACCUCCAGACAUAUACACGGACACCACACCUCCGUCAAUAAACAAAUACAAGUUCAAGUAUAGCAAUAGGAAAAAAGGCGAGAGGGACAAGCAGCAGCAGACGGAAAAUUGGAGCGGCGAAGUGUCCAGUUCCGACGACACGACGGGCAGCACCGAACUGGAAAAGGUGAACAGUCCCGAACCGGAGCACGACGAUCACCCUUGCGGCAACAAGAGGAGCCACAGCAUAAGUUGUGACGACGAACUCAGUGAUGGUAGCUUUAAAGUUGUGCGCGUGGCCAUAUCAAAAACGGACAUUAUGCUGAAGGACGACGAAAGUUGCGAGGAGCACACGGCCGAUUGCGAAGAACACAUGAACUGUUCACCUAGUGGCAGAGGUGCUAGACGUAGUGUUAAAAAGAUGUGUUCAUGUUGCAAUGGCUCUCAAGAGGAUGGGGUGUCUAGGAAAAGACCGACGUCCAGACCGCACACCCCGUCUUCGCAUAAAAAGGCCUUUUUGAAUAAAAAGAGAUAGUGGGUACACUUCUGAGUAGCAAGUUUAGGUUUAAAUUGUUAGUUGUUCUGUUGACUAGUCGAGCUAUGAAAUGGUUGCGUUUUAGUACAAAUUUUGUGUCUGGGAGCCAUUUGUUCAUUCAUUGUUAAUUUUGGUAAAGGACUAUUAAUGAUAUGAUGAUGAUUAAUGAAUUAACUACAUCUGCAAUCUUUUAGUACCUCUAAUUGUAAAUUUUUCCUCGUAUAUGUAAUAUAUUUAAAUUAUAUGUGCAGUUUGUCGUUGUAUAUAAAUUCAGAAAUAGAUCUAUCAUAGGUAGGCCAGAUGAUAUCUGUCCCAUAAAAAUAAUUACUCUUAUUAACUUAUCGCAAUAAGUUCCACAAUCUUCUGCAAUCUUUACAUUUGUUAUUUAUUACAUUUUGCAUGCCAGUUUUGUACUUUCCUAUUUUUGCAUUUGUUACUUUUUAUAUGGUAACAAUUACAGGGUGUUCAUGUGAAAAUAUAUAUGAAAAAUGAAAUUCCUCCUUUACUCAAGAAAAUUUUUUUAAGUUGCUUACUAGCAUUGAUAUAUGUUAUACAGUUGAUUCACAUGACUUAUUCAUUUGUAAUUAUGGAAAACAGAAAUAAAUACUGAUUUAACAUUUUUGUAAUAUUUAUAACUUGACUUAAAUUACCCUAAUUUUUUUAACAAUAAAUCAUUUGCUGUUAUUUUCAAUGGAACACCCCGUAUAUUUUUGAACUUUAAAAACUACAUGUAAUUACCAAUACAAGGGCUACAGCAUGUCCUACACCUAAAUCCAAUAGUUUUUAAGUUAUAAAUUUUUUUCCCGAAAUUCUUACAGAUUGAUGGUUUAAUCAAUGUUUGUAUUUUGAUGCUGCAUAGUUAAUUUCCUUAUAAGCUGAACCAAGGUUCAGUAAUUUCAUUUGUAGCUACAUGUAGAAUUUAAAAAUCAAAAAUAUACAGGGUGUUCCAUUGAAAUUAAUAAAGUUGAUGACACUUCCGGCCAAACCGGAAAAGUAUUUUUAUUAAUAUUAAUUGAUUAAAUAAAUUAGAAAAAUAGUUCAAGUUAUAAUUGCUAAAAAAAUUCAAAUCAAUACUUUUUUCUGUGUUCCAUAAUGAAUAAAUUAGGUGAAUCGCUCUGUAUUUUGAAUAAAAAUGUCAAACUUGUAUAUUAGUGCUUUUCUUGUUGUUUCAUCUUAUUUAUUAUUAAAUUACAGAAAGUACCAUCUAGUCAGUUAUAUUUAUUUAUAAAUAUAUUUGUCUUUCUGUCAAGUUUUAUUUUCCACUAAAUAUUAACCCACAAAUAAAUUUCAUUUUCUAUCAGCUUUAAAAUUUAACAACGAACACCUUGUACAUCUGCACUUUAAUUAUUUUAAGAUUCACUCUGUAACGUUUUGAUCGACUACUUCAAUAUUCUGAGUAACUUAAAUCGUAACAAAAUAAUUUUAAUCACAAUAAGAUUCUAUUUAUUUAACGAUGAAACGCGGUGAUGUGUACAUAUAAAAUCAUUUAACAUUAUUCGACGUUCAAUUUAUUUAUUCAUAUUAGCAUUUUUUUGGGCUCAGGUCAAACACUAACUUGUUGAUUUUGUGAUAUUUUUUUACCUUGUUGGCCUGCCCAAAUUAUUCAUAAUUAAUGAAAUUAUUUUCAUUUUAAGACUGAAGGUGAAUGAAUUUUUUAAAAAUAAUUCUAUUGUAGCAAUAGCGUCUUAUAAGUUUUAUUUCAGCCCGCAAUUUAUUAUUAUUUGCUUUGUCAUGUCAAAAAAUAUGAAUAAUAAAUUGUUUUAGCCAACGUACAUGGUUCUAGCAUGCCUUAAAGUUUUAUUUUGAUGUGCAUAGAACAGUUAAUUAUAUAGUUUUAUUUUGAAGCAAUAUAUAAUUCGUACAUAUCAAGAUUUAAAGCGUUUUUAAACCUUAGAUUCUGUUACAGCAAAUACAAUUUAUGAUUUGAAGAAAAAAAUAUAAAUGUAAAUAUAAAUUUUUGGUAACUUUGAGUAGCUUAGAGAAUUAAAUUACUUGUGAAGAAUAGUAAAUAUUGAAAUGCAAACUUUGAAAAAAUACCCUUUGUAUAAAAGUAAAUAAAACUGUUUUCCAUCAAAAUUACUUAUAGGUUGUUACAUAAAUAAGAAAUAUUAUUUAUUAAUGUAUUAUUUUAUUUUGCUUAGUACCGUACUUCUUGUAUGUUAUUCAAAAUUUAAACUAUGAUAUAUUUGAUAGGCUUUUAUUGUAUAUUUAAGAGAUUGUACUGGGAUGUACAGUUUCUAGAGCUUGUCGUAAUUAAAAUAGAAAAUAAGUCUAUUCUAAAGCAAAUAAAUACUUUGCUGUGUAUUUUGGAAAUCAUACAUAUAUCGGCUAUAUUUUUUAAAAAUUAAAUUUUGGCUAAAUAUAAUUGACCAUUUUAUUAUUACAUUUUUAUUGCAAAUUCCACAAAUUUAGUUUAAUAUGAAUAGUUUUCAGUUAAAACACACAUGUAAUUAGUAAGUUUUAAUUGCAAAUUUUAACUAGCUUGUUGAUAUAAUAGCUAAUGUGACCGCCCACUUUGACAUAGAGUGUACAGUAACAGACAAUAAGUAGGGUACGAGUUUGUUAUGUUAGUUUUACGUUUUAAAAGUGCUAUAAUAUGCUUCUGUUCAUUUCUACAUUGUAAUCUUUAUGUGUAUACUCAUUUAGUUGUGAACCAUAUUCAAAAUUCAAAUUAUAUUUAUAUAAGACAAACUUUGUAUGUUUUUUAUUACAGUAUUUUUUCCAAAUAAAUGUCUUACAAAAUAA